AUGACGCCGUCGGCGCAUGAGUUUAUCCUUCGCUGUGAGCAGCAGGGGGUCGGGGCGGCGGACUGGGCGGCGGAUCUUCGCCCCAUGGAGGGGAUGGAGCCGGCUUUGCUUUCCCCGUCCGGGAUCCUCAAACGACUCGGCGCGAUCGACCCCGUUGGACAUCUUCGGCGGCGAAUCGAGCUUUCUCGGGAUCUUCCCGGGAUGGUUGCGUGCGUGCAGGAGAUGGCGACUCUUUUCUCGACGCGGACGGCGGAGGGAUCAGACGGUGGGGCGAUUCCCUACGCGAUCCAAUGCCAGCUCAACUGCAAGUUGAUUUCGAAGGCCCGCCGCCUACUGACUCCGCCGAGCGACUCGACAAAUCGGGAUCCCGCGGGCGAAUCGGCGGACGCGGUGGAGGUUCCCACCCCGGACGUCGAGGAUACAAACACUCCCGGGAAGAUUAUUCCCCUCACAUCCGAAGAGCGGGAUCAAUUCAAAGACGUCGUUUCCGGCGCAUUGGCGUUAUUUAAGUCCACUCUUCACUCCGUGUCGUCGGCGACGGGAACACAGCAGCCGAUUUUAAAAUGGUGUCGCUUUUCGAGUUGGUGUUCGGCGCAUGAUCUCAUUCACGCCGCGGAUUUGGCCGCUAUUCAGGGGCUAGAUGAGCGUCGGAAUGUUGAGAUGGUCAGCCAGUUAAGCCAGUUGGAGACCGUGAUGAAGCUGAAGACGCUGCGGGAAGGAACGGAGGAGGAAUUGCGCGCUCUGGUCGAGGAGUUAUGGCAAAAUGGCGAGGGAAAAUACCUUCAGCCGUAUAGUUUGGAUGUGCUUUCCUGCCUUGCAACCGCAGCCUCCGCGGAGCAGGUUUCCCAAGGGCUGAAAAGCUUGAUUGCCGAUCGGCUUGUUAAAACCCAGUUGUUUUUUUCGAAUCCCGAGAAUGGAAAGACAACGGAACGGAUUCAACUUCCUCGAAGGGCCCUUCGCUUCGUGAAUGAACAGCGCGCGAAACAACAACAUGCGAUUACGGCUAAUCAACGUAUUGCUGCGGAAGCAUGCCCAGUUGAUUCGAUCGAAUAA